CCGUAAAUAAGCUGUAAGAAGGUGAUCAAACGAAGCAACUGAAUUUUGAUUUCUUUCAAGUUUUGAAGAUUAGAAAUCAAAGGUAAACACAUUUAUCAGUUUUUUAUAUAUGGAAAACCGAGUCACAGCCAAAGUCUUUUAUUGGAAACAGUUCAGAAAAUUAGAACUGUUAGAGUGACAGACUACGAAUCUGUGAGACAUAGGUUCAAUCCUUACAUCUGAAACUAUUACUCUUUUUUUCUUUUCUGUUGACGGUUUACGGAUCCUUUUUAAACAGUUACUGACAAUUAACUGCCUAAAAACGUCCUAAAGUUUACGUAGACCGUUUUACCGCCAUAAAUUGGUGGUUCAAACUGCCUAUUUACAGCCAGUAAACUGUCUUUUAAUGGUCAAGCUACUCGUAGAAAUUCGAUAAAGAGGAACGCGGUUUACUGACAGUUUUUAGGUAGUUGAAAAAUCACCUAUUUACGAUGGCAAAAUCAUAGCAUCCAAACCAUCAAAAAACCACUUAAAAACUGUUUGAACGGUUUAAAAGCAGCCGGUAAACCACCUGUCAACUAACCGGGAGUUAACUGGCAGUUAACUUAGCAGUUUUCAGUGUCCGAUGUGGUAUUAUGAUGAACAUCCAACAUUAAUUAGCAUUAGGAACACUAACAUGGUGAAAAUGAAUAUAAUGGGCGCGUACUUGAAUCAAACAAGGAGUAUAAACAUGACUAAUGUAUAAGUGCUCUUUUGCGCCUGUUCAUGGUUCUCCAUUGCAGCUAUCAUAAGGUACAAAGAAUUAAAAUUAAUGACUUUGACCAAAACACACGCAUCUGGACAGUACGAAAGCGGACAAAUCACUAACUUAAUUUUACAGCAAAAAGGUGCUACUUACAUGAAUUUGUGUCCAUUUUCCCCUAAAUUUCGACACUUCUUCUGUCUGUUCUAUCGCCCAGAACUUAAAAGAGUUUCUUUAUCUGAAUGAGCAACUCGAAAUCUAUCAAACUAUAGAAAACAAAGUAUCGCUGAUCCGUGGAGCUUUUAUGAAAGAAAUUGUGAUUUUGAAAGACUCACUGAUUUGUCAAGUAACUUAGUAAUCAGAAACAGUCAGAAUUAUAGACAACAAUUUUAAAUCUAUUGGACUAUAAUGGACUAUUUUUCCGGUGUACAUAUGCCACAUCAAACAAACACAGAGCGAUUUUCCUCUUUGUCUACCAAGUUUCAGGUGAUAUUUAUGUCCACAUGCAAUUAAAAAUUAUGAACACGAAUAAUAAUUAUUACUCACCAGAAAGUUAUUCAACGGAAAAUAGAUUUAAGGCAUAAAUGUAUAGUCCAAUAAAUUUAGAAUUGUUGUCUGUAAUUUUGAUUAUUUCUGAUUACAUCUUGCAGAUUUCUAUUUUCUGUUGAAUGUAUAUAUAUAUUAUUUAAUAUAUCUAUUAUGUAUUUAUUCGCAUCAUAUUUCGCUAGGAGUAGCUUUCAAGAAGAACAUAAAAUGGCGUAUAAUAGCUCGCCUAACGGCGGCGGAUUCAGCAUAAGUGGAACCACGACAUCAAGCAUUGCGAGUAAUAGUUAUAUUUACGGUGGUGCAAUUACAAUUGCUGUUGGUAUAAUUGGUCAUAUAUGUAGCUUGUUAACAUUUUCACGUAGGGUCCUUCGUCAUGUUUCUACAAGUAUGUUCUUCAUGGUUUUGGCUGUUUCCGAUUUAAUUUAUGUGUUAAUGAGUAUUUAUGAUUUUGUUAUGGAUGGUUUGCAAAUUACAACAUCAACACCGUAUUACGUUGAAAUAUGUCGUUUGCGAGGAUUUAUUAACGGCUUUUCAAUGAUACGUGAAUUUCUAAACACGAUUCAAAGGAAAAAAACUCAAGAACAACAUGCACAUACCAGGGCACUGCACAAUCUUACAGCAGCUAAGUCCCAGCAUCCAACUCACAUGCCAACAAAAACAUUGACCAGUAUCUAA